AUGGACCAAACCCGUUUUUUGCCCAUUUCACUGGGAGCUCACCAACCAUUCAGUCCGCCUCUCUCUCUAUUCGAUCUAACGAAACAUCAAAUAUACCUUUGGAAACCAAAUGACGACGAUUGUCAAUGUGUUCGGCCUUAUGGAUCAAGAUUUCGCUUGACAAGGCUAAAACUCAUCAAAGUACAGUUAGCCGCAGCUUCUUCCACUUUGCGCACUCAAGCUGAAGCUUCCUACUCAAACAGUGUCGUCAACUGUCAGAACUAUUUGAGUUGA